AAGAGGCGACUUUGGUACCACUGAGCUGUCCACACUGAACACUGCGGUCGUCGUAGUGGCUUCUGUUUGCAGAACUACGCACGCUGCAGACGAUGGCCCCGUGGCUGAGAUCCAGUUUCGUGAUGCUGCUCCUGCUGCAGGGGCAACUGCCGUUGCCGGCGAUGGCUGCCGCAGAUGUUCACGACAACGAGCAGGGAAAGUGUCGGGUGGACUACAUGGCAAUGCCAGGACUACCGGGAAACGCCGGGAUCCCAGGAAACCCGGGCAAUUUGGGCCUGGCUGGCCCGCCUGGGAAGGACGGGCGAGAAGGUCACCAGGGCCUUCCUGGCAAGAAUGGCGAGAAAGGGGACAUGGGAGAACAGGGCCUGAAAGGGGACAAAGGGAGCGUGGGAGAGACCGGGUUGGCUGGAAAAUUUGGACCGAUGGGUCCCGCUGGACUGAAGGGGGAUUGUGGACCUCAGGGUGAAAAGGGACACAAAGGAGAUGCCCCACCUGACAUCCCCAUAUCCGCAUUCACCGUGGGUUUGACUGUGCCGAACCCUCCUAGUGGAUCUCCUAUCAGAUUCAGCAAGGUCAUGUACAAUGUGCAGAAUCAUUACGACACGCUCCCCGGCAAGUUCAUUUGUCGUUUCCCGGGUGUCUAUUACUUUGCUUACCAUCUCGCUGGAGGAUCUGGCCCCACCCAGGUCUCCUUGAGACACAAUGGACAAGCAGUCCAGAAUACAUAUUCCUCUACCACCAGCAUUUACAGCAUGUCAGGGGGCUCGGUGCUGCGUUUGAGAAAGGGCGAUGAAGUGUGGUUGCAGACCGAAGGUGCUAACAUCAAGGCUUACACAGACGUUACCACUGACAGCACUUUCUCUGGUUUCCUGAUGUACCCUGACCUGCCUGAGCAGUUACAUUAAAUUUAUCAACGAGCUCUGCUGGAAGUCUGAUCGUUAACAUGUAAGGUUUGUGGUGCAAAAAAGCACACAAACAGCACACGAAUAAACAUACACUCUUAGACAGCACAUGAGCAAACCCAUACUAUAUUAUAUCGUGUUCAUUCACUCUUGCUGGCCGAGUCAUCCUUGAAAAAGAGCUGCGUAUCUCAAUGGGUAAUUUUACUCGGAUAAUAAACUUCUGAACUGUAUAAUUUUUCGUGGUUUUGCUGCCUGGAACUUCGAUGUGUUUUUAGCUGUGCCGCGUGCUGUGCAGCAUGAUGUCCGACGUUUUGGUCCAUGUGCUGGGAGCUUCUUCCGGCUCCGGCCAUGCAAUUUUUACACGUUGUGCUGAGGGCUGCUUCAAUAAUCUGGAUAUACACUUUUGCCAUCAAGUACCAGCGAAAACUGCAAUUGGCCACAAGUUCAAGGCUAAACAAUAUGCUUGCUGGUCAUAACAAGUGGGGGCCCCCUUGCCAUCCAGCCUCUUUCCAGAGGUCACUGAAUCCACAAGCUGCCAGCAUCAGUCCUCCACUUUUGGCAACAACCAUCUGGUAUUAUGCCUCAUCCAUUCUAAUCCGUCUUUCACUCCAUCAGUCCAUCUUUUCUUUGUCGUCCCCUGCCUCUGUUUCCUUCCUCCACCCGCGUUGCUUUUGCUGGAUUCCUGUUUUUGGUGACCUUCCUCUGGCAUGGUCAAACCGUAGCAGACUGUAUUCCUUAUUUCUUUAAAUGCAAAUAUACGCACCAACUGUAAUCACAUAUGUGCAAACAAAUGCAGGUGAAUAUCCAAUCCACAGGUAACUUUUUAAAAUAUUUGUUUAUGCCGAAUAGAGGAAAAUUGGAUUCGUUUAUAAUUUCAAGCGUAUAUAUAUAUAUGUGUUCCACGAUGCAAUACUCAAACUCUGAUAAUCAUUCAUGUCUCACUAUAUACAAUAUUCACAGUCUGGGUAUAUAUUAACACAGGUAUAACAUGUUCAUGAGUCUAUAAAUGCAUACCGGUGGCCAAAUACGUGAAUUCCCAAUAUCAAAUAAAAUGGACGGUAAGCGAAUUAUUUCCACACAAUGUCACGUGUAAUGCUUUGAGAUGGUACGUGAUAUGGUGACAAAAAAAUUCGCAUGUGAAUAAAAAUUGUAAUAUUGUAUGAUGAUUUAAAAUGAAUCGGAAAUGAUUGUACUUCUUCAUUGAAAAUAAUCCAUGUUAACAGUAAUUGUCGGCGUAUGACAGCAAUGUUUGUGGGGAAUGAUUUCAUAUAAUAAACAGAAAAAAUAAAGC